CACUCCACCGUGGGUCUCGAGCUGAACCAGCCCAUUCCAUUACCCACAUUGCAUAUGCUACCAAAGCGGUGUGCGCUUCGUUUCAUGAGAAAAUCUAGCUCAGAAACUACUGCCGUUUCUUUCUCGCUCUAAUUUCUGCUGGGUUUGGAGAGCCAUGAGAGUUUUUGUUCUCUAUGUUUCUGUUGUUGCUAUUUUGUUUGCUUGCACACUUCAAUUUCAAGCUCAUGGAGCUCCUGCAGGACCUUGGGUCAAACACUUGUCUUCUCUGCUGAAAUGGACCAGGUCAGCUACCAAAACACCCCAACAAGAUGGGAAUGUCCUUCAAUUUGAGAAUGGGUAUCUAGUGGAGACUGUUGUGGAAGGAAAUGAGAUCGGAGUGGUUCCUUACAAGAUUCGGGUCUCUGAGGAUGGUGAAUUGUUCGCUGUUGAUGCUAUUAACAGCAAUGUUGUUAAAAUCACUCCCCCAUUGUCCCAAUAUAGUAGGGCAAGACUUGUUGCUGGGUCAUUUCAGGGUUACACAGGGCAUGUUGAUGGAAAACCAAAUGACUCUCGUUUCAAUCGUCCCAAAGGGAUUACUAUGGAUGACAAGGGGAAUGUGUAUGUUGCUGAUACCUUAAACCAAGCCAUCAGGAAAAUUGGAGAUGCUGGUGUGACAACCAUUGCUGGAGGGAAGUCAAACAUUGCUGGCUAUAGAGAUGGGCCCAGCGAGGAUGCAAAAUUCUCAAAUGAUUUCGAUGUGGUAUAUGUUCGGCCCACCUGUUCAUUGUUGGUUAUUGAUAGAGGAAAUGCUGCUCUUCGACAAAUCUCUCUUAACCUAGAGGAGUGCGAUUACCAAUCUAGUUCUGUUUCAGCCUCAGAUGUGUUUAUGGUUGUUAGCGCUGUCUUGGUUGGAUAUGCUGUGUGCAUCCUGCAGCAAGGAUUUCAACCGUCUUUCCUGGCAAGAACUGCUCAACAACAUUCAGAAAGUGAAUAUGAGGACCAAACAAGCAAGGAGAAACCCGCUCUUGUAAUGGAUAGCAUGAAGGAGUCCCCUGGGUGGCCAUCAUUUGGACAGCUGAUCAUCGAUCUGUCAAAACUUGCAGUGGAAGCCUUAGGUGGUAUUUUUCUUUAUUUCGUCCCUUCUCGUUUCAAAUCAGGUGGAGCCAUGAAAGGCCUUACACCACUGAAAGAUCGCUUAAAGUUGCCUGAAGAUGAAGCUGAGACGCCAUUGGUUCACCGACAGAGUACUCUUCCUUCUCUUUCUGAAACCCAGCAGGUCAAUGCGCCGAAUGCUACUGAUAAAUAUUCAGAAGCAAAGGCCAAAAAAAUAAAAUCUGCUAGCUUCAAGGAUCCUUCCUUGUCAAGCAAGCACCGGUCAUCCAAACGACAAGAAUAUGCUGAAUAUUUCGGAUCAGGUGAAGUUCCUUCGUUUACAAGGUCUAAGACCCAGAAAGAAAGAACAAGACAUCGUCAGCGAGACAAAAGUGGAGAGGCAGGUGUCAGUGCAGUUGCGCCAGAGAGGAAACCUGUUGACAUGAAUCCAGUUAAUUAUGAAAACCCAAAGUUCAAUUAUAACAUCAGGAGCAAGUAUACGCCUGAUAAUUCCUACCACUUUUGAAGAAAAUCUCUGAUCUUUAAAAACAACCAACCCUAGCUCUGUAGCUCUACAUUUAGCUCUGUGUUCAUUUUGUGCUGGUAUGUUUUCUUUUAAGCUGGUCUUUGUAUAACUUCAAAGAAGGAUAUAUGAAUAUUAGAGAUCUUCAUUGAUGAAUAGAUUCAUAUCUCCAAGCAAUCAUAUGUAUGCUAGACAUCUCUACUUAUGAGUUAAUUCAGGACAUUUUUUGGUC